AUGUCGGUAGAAACAGUACCACGUGACCUUCGUAAUCUUCGUGCUUGUUUGCUGUGCUCUUUGGUGAAGUCGUUAGAGCAGUUCGAAAUGGAUGGAUGUGAAAAUUGCGAUAGAGUUCUGCAUAUGAAGGGCGAUACUGACAAGGUGUAUGAGUGCACGAGUACAAAUUUUGAUGGGUUGAUAGCUUCAAUGAUGCCCGAGGACUCAUGGGUAUGCAAGUGGCAGAAGAUCAACCGUAAAUGUAAAGGAAUAUAUGCGAUUUCCGUGUCUGGAUCUCUUCCACCGUCUGUGGUAUCUGAAUUGAAAACCGUUGGAAUUCGAUAUAAACCGGGAAUGAGGGAUACUGCAACUAAAUGA